CUUUCUUCUUGUCUUUCAGUAUCCAUCUAUUCGCCACUCUAUAAUUUUAAACUAUCAAAAAGCGUCCAAACAUUUCACCAUAUAAACGCUACUACUAAUAUAAAGAGUUAUGUCAGAAUUGCAAAAUAGCAACAACCCUCCUGACUACGAAGACAAAAAGAUAGAGUAUGAUCUGCAAUCUGUGCACAAUGAGGAGAUAAUUGUGGAAGAUGAAUACAAAAAUCAAGAACAUCACAUAGAAGAAUAUCAGUUUACUUGGCGUGCGUCCAUCAUCGGCUCACUCUUGGGUUGUUUGGUUGCUGCCUCAAAUACAUAUCUGGGGCUCAAAAUAGGCUGGACUUUUGGUGCUUCUCUUUUCGGUGCCAUCUUUUCCUUUGCGAUCAUUAAACCUAUUUCUCGUAUUCUGCCACCUCGAUGGGGUGGUGGUUAUUUCGGACCUAAAGAGAAUUGUACUGCACAAUCUGCUGCUACAACCGCUGGCGGUCUUUCCGCUGGCUUUGUCUCUGGUAUUCCUGCCAUGUAUAAACUAGGUUUAAUGACGACACCAAAAGACGAUGCUGCUGCACUCGUUCUGUUUACCAUUUCAGCUGCUUUCUAUGGCCUUUUCUUCGCCGUCCCUCUUCGUCAGCAUUUCGUGGUCAAGCAGGAUUUGACAUUUCCAACCCCUCGUGCUGCUGCUACUACCAUUCUAUCUCUGCAUGACACUGUCGAAGGAGAAAAGGAAGCCAUGCGAAAGGCCAUGUGGAUGGGAAUCUGGUUUCUUAUUUCCUUCAUUUGGACUUUAAUUUCUUACUGGGUCCCCUUCUUUGACACCAUUCACAUUCUAUGGUGGAUUGGUCAUGACGCUGGCUACAUUCCUCUCAUGAGUGCCGACGCUACUUGGGGCUGGAGUUUCCGUUGGGAUUUCCCCUUCUUUGGAGCAGGUUUGAUGACACCCGGCUCUACCGUGUUGUCUUUUUUCAUUUCUUCCUUGCUACUGUUUGGUGUCAUUGGCCCCUGUCUUGUGGUCAACGGCUAUUUCGUCGCUGCCUACGGUAUCACUUCCAAAGGCCCUACGACACAAUCCUUCUUCUUGUGGCCAGGUAUCGCCUUAAUGGUCUUGUCAUCUUUUGCUGAACUUUUUGUACGCUACGAGUCUCUCUGGCGUGGUGUCAAAGGUGGUGCCAUCGGUCUUUAUAAUGUAUGCCGCAAUGGCUAUUCUUGGAUUAAGUCUCACCUGCUCAGAAAGCAAUUGUCAGAAGCCGAACUAAGACGUAUGAACCCUGAAUUGGACGCAGAUGAAAUUUUUGCAGAGAGUGAAUUAGUGCCGGCUUGGUGGUGGGUUGUAGGUGUCUUCAUUUCUAUUAUUUUCACGUGUGCCAUUAUGGGCGAGUAUUUUGGUAUGCCUGUGUACCAAUCCAUUGUGGCCGUCAUUCUUGGUUUUAUUUUGUCCUUUGUAGGUGUCCAAGCUGCUGGUGAAACUGAUAUCAAUCCCACUGGAUCCAUUGGUAAAAUGUCUCAACUUAUCUUCGCUGGUAUGCCCGACAGCGACAUUAAGCAGCUUCGUAAAAACAAUUUGAUGGCCGGUAAUAUUUCUGCUUCCGCUGCUGCUCAAGCCGUCGACAUGGUGGGUGAUUUGAAGACAGGUCAACUUGUAGGCGCUUCACCUCGAUCUCAAUUCUGGGCUCAGUUUGUUGCUUCCUUCUUCGCUAUUGGCAUUGCCGUUGGUUUAUUCAUUCUCUUUGCAGAAGCUUAUCCUUGUGUGGUCAGCACUGACCUCAAUGCUGAGUGUGAAUUUGGCUUGGUGGCUGUCAAAGCUUGGUAUAAUGUUACUCUGUUACUCACAGGCGGUGGCGAGCCUUUAACCAAGGCUGGCAUUAUUGUCACGGCUGUUGCUGCUGCUGUAGGUGUGGUUGCCCCCUUCAUUCGUGAAUUUUUGGUGCCCCAGAAGUAUCAUCGCUACUUCCCAUCUGUUUCAGCCAUUGGUAUUGCCAUGAUCAACACUAGUCCCGAAGUCCCACUUUCCAUGUUUGUUGGUUGGGUCGCUGGUAAAGUCUGGAAACGUAUCGAUGGUACAGCUUAUGAUAAUUACAUGUACAGUACCGCAGGAGGUAUGAUUGCUGGUCAGGGUAUUUCCGCUAUUCUUCAAGCCGUCUUCAAGUUAACAAACGUAGCACCCUAUCCUUUCACGGGCUCUUGUAUAGAAGGCUUGUUAGAGAACUGUCCUUAAAGAACCCCCUCCUUCCAAAAUUAACUGUACUUUAUUUAUGCAAAUGUGCAAUGUGUGCUGCAAGAUGACAGUUGAACACAUACAUUUGAUCAACCAUUCCUAAUACCAUUCAAUUAUGUAAUAUAUACAUUUAUUUCUUUUCUUAUAUCAUGUAGUUUCCUUUCGUAUAAGUUUAAUAUCAAGUUAAUAAAUUGCCCCACAACUUAGCAUUUCCCUUAUAUAACAGACGAAAUCCAAGACUUCUUCAGCAAUGCCUCUCACCAUAAUAAAUACACACACCGGUCUUUGCGGCAACUGAAGGUGUUGUGUUUAAAGGUAUGAAAACGUAACUGAAAACGGCCCUAGAGCCAAAGGAAGGGUACACUAUGAAUUC